ACAUAUUCAGAGGGGGAGUUGAGGGGAAAAAUAGACAGUGAGAUCAUCUAAGGACGGGGGUGACUGCCUGGCUCCAUUGUCUUUUAGCUGGGGAUUUUUUUCACCCCCCCCCCCCAAGAAGAUACCCAGAACAUUGUGGGGAGAGGGGAAAUAUACCCCCCACCUCAAGCGACCUAGCAGCUAAAAGAGAUUUCUACUGCGAAUAACGGGGGAGCUGGAAGAAGCUGGUAGCUGAGCCAAACAUCAGGGCUGUCAUCCCGUUGGCCCCUCACCAAGAUGGCGGCUGCUGCUUCCUCCUCCUCCUCCUGCAACGGAGCAGAAGACGAGGAGAGCUUGAAAGGAUGCGAGCUGUAUGUUCAAAAGCACAACAUCCAACAGGCCCUGAAAGAGUGCAUCGUGAAUCUCUGCAUCGCUAAACCCGACCGUCCGAUGAAGUUCUUGCGGGAACAUUUUGAGAAGCUGGAAAAGGAAGAAAACAAACAGAUCCAGUCUUGGCAGAAAUCCAGCUCCCAGUCAGAUUCUCAUGACGAUGAAGUUUCUCCACCACCUCCAAACCCGGUGGUCAAAGCCCGCCAUCGAAGGGGAGGGGUCAGUGCUGAGGUCUACACAGAAGAAGACGCCGUGUCUUAUGUCCGGAAGGUUAUUCCAAAGGACUAUAAGACUAUGACAGCCUUGGCCAAGGCCAUCUCCAAGAACGUCCUCUUCGCUCACCUUGAUGACAAUGAGAGAAGUGACAUAUUUGACGCCAUGUUCCCCGUCACCCACAUUGCUGGAGAGACUGUCAUCCAACAAGGUGAUGAAGGCGACAACUUCUAUGUGAUCGAUCAUGGGGAGGUGUAUGUAAGUUGCAACCGACUUAUUUGAAGGACUUUGCUUUUCGUUUCGUGUAUAGAAAUGUGUUGAUUCGCUGGCUGGGGAAUUCUGGGAGUUGAAGUCCGGACAUCUUCAAGUU